GAUCUGUAUGGACUGGUGCUGUUCCUGGAUGCAGAGCCCUACUGCCAGUCUCAGUGGUACCGCAGACUCAUAUCACAGCCAUAUCACCAGGGACACGCCACACCCAAUGUCGACCUCUUCUCCUCUCUCAUGUGGAGGAACAGCAAGGACGACGUCGCUCAUGAGCUGCAGCUACCGGAGCAAACAGAGCAGACCCACUGGUUGACGUUCAGCCUCGUGGAGAAGUAUUUCUAUCGCAAACAGCGGGAAAUGUGCCAGACUGAGGCGAGCAAGGUCCUUUCUCGACUUGGUCACAACUACACGCUCAGCAGCCUCACACAAGACACAGUGCAGAAGAUCAUGACUCCACUCCACUCUCUACGGAGGGCGUGCUGUCAUCCUCAGAUGGUCCGCAGAGGUGGAUACAUCCCCGUCAACCACAAGAAGUCCCUGACGAUGCCACAACUGCUAGAGAAACUGACAGUCCAGGCCAAGCUGGAGGCUAGGGAAGGUCUUCGCAAGUCCAUCCUCUCACUGAAUGGUCUUGCUGGUCUCUACAUCUUGAAGCUUGAGUGGAGAAAGGCACGCGAGACUUAUGAACAGGCAAUCAGCAUGUGGAGGGAGUACAAGGAGAAAGAGGUGGAGUGUGAUAGGCUCCAGAGGAUCCAUACCCUAGAGAACCUGGCCUGGUUACUGGAGCAGGGCCACUGCACUCCAGAGGAGCUCUCGGAGGGGCCGUGGAGGAAUGCUGCCACUCUCAGAGAGAAGGCUGGGGAGCUGAGGGCACAGUUCCUGGGGAAGACAGAGAGUAUGGUGCACACUGCAGCUCUGGCUGUGAUGACGUGCAAGAGGGCCACCAGAGACUCCUGCAGAGGGGGUGUGGCUGUUUCGUCUUCUUCGUCUGGUGGUCGUGGGAGGGACACUUCUCGCCAGGACAAUACUGCUCUCCAAGACAGCACUGCUAGCACUGCCCUUCAGGACACAGCUAAUCAGGACAGCACUGGGGACAGCUCCCAGCCUGCCAAUCAGGAUGCCACUUGCCAGGAGAGGGAGUUCACCAACCCUGUGUCUAUGGAUACAACUGGAGACUCCAGUGAACACAUCUCCACUGCUGCUAUCUGGGAGAAGGCUGAUGAGACAUCUGCCAUGAACUUGGUACGUACUUGGAUUGGGUUGGUGCAGCAAUUAAGUGGGUGGAGAAAGGAGUGGGACCAGACGUUAUGGAGCAGACUCAUGGGUACCAUCAACUCUCAUAUUCUGGACUCCUCCCAGCUAAUGCUGGGUCACGAGGUUUCAGGUCGUAUCACCGACGUCUCUACUGUCGAUUUCAUCGCCGCCUUUCAUCUCAACAAACUCGAGGAGGCCCGAGUGGAGAGUCUGCGGAGUCUCCAGUCUCUUCUCCCUCCUCCGUCCCAGUGGGAGGUGGAGCAGGCCUACCGCUGCCACCUGGCCCUCUCCAGGGAGGGGGAGGGGAGGAGGAGACGUGUGACAGGGCUGCUGGCCUGCGACGUCUGUAAAGCAGAGAGUGUGUUAGUCCAAUACGGCUCCGAACUCUUCAGCCACUACUCAUACACUAACAGUAUGGGGCAGGAGCACGGAGAAGGAGCUCGUGGGGCCCACGCCUUUGAGAAGAUUGUCCGUUCCUUCCUCACCUUCCUUCGUCACAGACGUGCUCCUCGAAAGAUCCUGGACGCAGGAAAAACCCUCGUGGCCUACAUUGAAGCUGUCAAGAAAGAGUAUGACAGUCUGGGUCACAGAGUGUCGCAGUAUGAUGAGCUGAGACUGGCCACCUCUCGCAUGCGCUACAUGACGCCCAGUGAAAUGACGGACGGUGGUAUGGCAGACGCAUCAGCCGUCCACCCAAUGUUCUGGACGGUCAAGAUAGACGUGUUUGAGAACGAGAGGGUUCUGGCCGGGAACGAGCUGACCAGGUCUCUGGGUCAGGUUGUCUACCUCAAGAACCUGGCAAAGCAGACUCCAGUGAGUGACAGUGAUUGUGGGAGCUGUCCAAUAUGCACUCGUCUGCUGGGCAAAGAGAUUGAUGAGUGGGGCAUGUUGCCGUGCGGUCACUCUCUGUGCAUGGAGUGUGUCCUGGAGUUGACUCGAAGAGCGUACUACACCGUCUGGCAGAUCAGAGGAGGCGGCUCGGCGAGGCUCUCCUGCCCUCUCUGCCGCUUCUCCUUCCUCUCCUCUGAGAUCAACACCGUCAGACCCACCGAGCCUGAACACAUGGGUAAUCUGUCCACAAAGAUCAGGGGAGUGGUUCAAAUACUGCAGACCAUCCGGAGCGAAUCAGCCACAGCCAAGACGCUUGUUUUCUCCUAUUGGGUGGAGACUCUGGACCUAGUUUCAUCAUCACUUACAGAGUACGACAUUGCUCACUGCUUUCUCAAGACUCCCAAGACAUUUCAGGUCUGUAUGCAGUUGCUAUGAUGUAUAUACUUAGUACAAGCAUAAGGCUGGGUUUACAAUAAUGUCACAUUGCCUCUGCCACUUUGCUGCAUCGCGAGAAUAGAAUCUAUUUUUACACUUCGCAGCACCACGCAACGCUGCACAUCGGAUGGGAAAUGCAACAUAAUAUUGUGAACCAAUCGAGCCUAACAUUGUACACACUGCUUCUUUGGAAGAAUGCCAAGCAUUUCCACUAGUAUAUGUUGCUGUGUAAACACUGCUUGCUUUGGUUUUGUGUCACAGGAUAAUUUAUCCGAGUUUAAGAAGAGCACAGACAUGAAUGUGUUGCUGAUGCCGCUGCACUCUGGCUCAAAGGGGUUAAACAUAGUGGAGGCGACCCACGUCAUCCUAGUGGAGCCGGGGUUAAAUGUCGGAGCUGAGCUACAGGCCAUUGGCCGAGUACACAGAAUGGGCCAGACAAAACUAAUUUCUUCCCUCUCCCUCCUCUACCGGCAAGACAACUACAGUGGCACAAAGCGAUACAACUGUCAUCGCGAGGGACUCAGUGGAAGAGAAUAUUCACCAUCUCCUCAGCUCCUCCCACAGCCACAGCAAUCCCACACUCGGCAAGAGGGGGAGAGUGCGUUGACUCUGAGAGAACUGGAGGCACUUUUCAACUGACAAUGACCACCACCUACAUAUUAUGUAUGGAAGCCAUGCACCACUAUGUAUCUGAGUCUGAGAGAUAUAGUACAUGCAUAAUUAUUUGCCACAUGCUCACAGUGUAAGUAUAGGGAUAUUUCAUGUACCGUAUAAAACUGAGUCAAAACCAUAGUGUGAGGCACCUUCUUGUAUUCACCGCACCAAUCACUUAUUAUUUGUACUCCAUGAUCAAACUUAUCCAGCAUCACUUUAUACGAAUUAUUAAUAUUAUUUCUGUAUUGCUAUGCUACUAUAUACAAUACGGCACAAAUAAACCACGACAAAAAAGAAAAUCUGGGGAAUAUUGUACGUAUACUGUGCAGCUAAAAAUAACUUGAUAUUAUUCCACACCACUCUCUACAACACAGUGCUUUAAGUUGAUCGGGUUGCAGCUCUU